CGGGAUUCCGGAUCGGGAUCCCGACUUAAUCGGGAUUUUAAUGUCGGGAUCCCGACUUAAUCGGGACGGGAUACGGGAUCCUCUUGUAGUUUGAAUCGGGGUCGGGACGGGAUCGGGAUUUGGGCAAUCGGGAUGGGGAUCAUCCCGAUCCCACCCCUAGUUUUACCCCAACUCCCGUUAGACAUCAUCCUUGUAAUUGAUGAGGUAUCCAAAUCAAAUUGCACAGUUGAUUUCACAAUCUUCUCUAUUUUCAAUAUGGGUUUCUCAAGGAAACCAUGAAUAAACAAUCUCAGGAUAUUGGCAGAAGUGUCAGGGAGAGAGAAAGCAAGGACAGAGCAAGAAUUGACCGGGUUAUUUCAAGUCGAGAUGGGAAGACCCUAGAUUCGGAAUUAUGUAUUGCAGCACAGAUAUGGACGGAGAGAAGGAUGAACGAUGGGAAAUUCAAAGCUUUUAUUGACACAAUGGCGAAUCUCUCGAAACCUUACCAUGGAGUUAAAGGGGAUGUUCUAGAUAAAGAGCAGAAGACUUUCAUAUUUCGCUUCAAUGAUUUGGAGGAUAAAAGGAGGGUUCUAGAUGAGCAACCAUGGCACUUUAAACGACACACAAUCGUAAUUAAUGAACUCCAUGCCUAGCUAGACCUUCUGAUGUUAAUUUAAGCUUUCUUCCCAUAUGGGCAAGUUUUUACGAUUUACCCAUGGGUGGACGUACGGAUGCUAGAAAUCUUAAAACACCUGGAGAUAGGGUAUAGUAGGUGUUUUCGUGGGGGCGGACCCUUCUGCCAGCAUGGUGAUUAAGGGUCUGUUUGCAACUCAUUAAAAAAAGUGUUUUUAACUUUUUUUUAAGAAAAAAGCACCAAUUUUAUCAAA